AUGACCACGCAGAAUGGGAUCCUGGAUCACUUACUCUUCACCGAAGACAACUCAGCUCCAGCUUGUCACCGUGGUCCACUCAGGGUUGCCAUAAUAGGCGCAGGCAUCGGUGGUCUCAGUGCUGCUAUUGGACUCCGACGUCAAGGCCACCAAGUCGAUCUUUACGAAAAAUCAAGCUUCGCCGUCGAGCUGGGUGCCGGUAUCCAUCUCACCCCCAACGGGAAUGGGAUCCUACGGCGAUGGGGCAUCUUUGCCGAGGAGUUUGGUGGCACUCUCCUAAACCGCCGAUUCGAGUUUCACUACAAUGGCGAACUCAUACUGGACGAGAACCUGGCGACGCCUAAUCUUCGCUGGGAGCAUCCUUGGCAUCUAGUUCACAGGGUUGCGCUACAUGAGCGAUUGAAGAGGGCCGCGACUGGAGAAGAUGGGCGAGGUUUGCCAGCUAUCCUGCACACAUCAUCAGAAGUUGUCCAUGUUUCACCAGAGAGGGGUAAAAUCACCCUAGUAGAUGGCACUAUCAUCGAGGCAGAUGUCAUAAUAGGGGCGGAUGGUGUUCAUUCCAGAAGUCGACGAUUCAUCUGUGACUCGAUGCCCGGGGUCAUCAGCUCAGGGAAGGGAGCAUUCCGAUUCCUAAUCCCGAGAUCGUUGGCAGACGAGGACCCAGAAACACAACCUCUUGUAGAGGCUCGAGACGCUGCGUACAUGUGGUUCGCUAAUGAUAGACGAGUUGUUCUGUAUCCUUGCAAUUCGAAUAAGACUCUUAACUUCGUCUGUAUACACCCCGAAGAAGAGUCUCAUUCAAUGGCGGGUGAUGGUUGGGACAAGACUGGCUCACUCGAGCAGGUCCUCGAGGUGUUCAAGAGUUUCGAUCCAGUUCUCCUUCGACUAUUUCGGAAGAUGGACCCCAAGGAACUCAAAGUGUGGCAAUUGCUGGACAUGGAGAAGCCCCCAGCCUGGGUGAAUGAAAGGAUGGCUUUGCUUGGAGAUGCUGCCCACCCAUUCACGCCUUAUCAGGGACAAGGGGCAAACCAGGCCAUAGAAGACGCAGCUACUAUUAUGGUCGUGUUGCCUUACGGCACUUGUCCAGCAGACGUGCCAGAACGCCUAAAGAUAGUGAUUCCCGGAAAGCGGGCUCGGACUGGAAAGAUGGAAAGCCCCAAGUCGACCGCAAGUGUACCAUUCUCGAAGCGCGAGGUCAUGUUGGCUUACAGGAUGCAAGCUGCGAUAUUCGGGAGCUUUAACUUCGCCCACGACGCCUACCACCACGCGAACAUCGUUUUCAAGCGGCAUCUUUGGAAGAGUACGCCAGGUGCCAGGUGGAGAAUGCCGGUUUCUUUCGGGCCGUCUUAUGAGUUACGCAGCCACGACUCAAGUGACUCCCGGCAGACUUUCACAACCGCUGCCGUGAGGUUCAAGUCGUCACGGACGUAUCUCGAGUCUCUACUCCCGACCGAGUCGUACACUUUUGUGGCCGAUGACACACUCUGCGAAGUGAGCCUCGCCAUUACCACCCGGAAGAAUGUGCCGUGUCUAGGGGGCGCAGACUACAGCCGGUUUGGCCUUUACCUCCAUGGCGUUCAGUACAAGAGGGACGACGGCUCAACCGUUCAAGGCAGCUUUGUGCCUGUACUUCUGGAGGAUUCGGCUGACAUGGUUAUUUCUACAAGGGAGGAACAAGGUAUGCCUGCCCUCUUCUGCGACAUCGAGGUUACCUCAAGCCCGCAGACCUAUCAGAUGAAGGCAUCGUGGAGGGGCGUGAAUUUCACAGAUUUGAUCUUGGAGGAUCUCGAGGAGGAUCCUCGAGCUGCAGAAACCGCGGGAGAUGAUGUAUCGGGCCGCGUUCUCCUAUCACAUCACCUGAGGCCGAAAAUCGGGGUCCCUGAGGAGCCAGGUGAGACAUGCGCCAUCAAGGGGAGCAUUGGGGAUGCAUCUUGCAGGGUGACCCAGAGAUGGCGGAUCAAGAAAGGGUCCGUCAAACUGCAGGGUCACAGCUGGGAAUCACUUCCGACGCUUCAUCAUGUUGCAGCUAGCCUAGCGGAUAUGGCCAUGUAUGGCAUUGUAUCUGCCGAGGUGGUGAGUGGAACUGGUGUUCCUGACAAGAGGAAGUAUAGCAGAAUCUAG